GNGGCGGCAGCAGCAGCGCGGUUGUCAAGCUCGCGCUGAGGAGACCGUCCUUGCGCCGCCAGCAGCAACCUAAAGGAAGAGGAGACCUGAGUCGCUCUGUGCAGCGAGUAGUCCCAGCGCCUUCCUGCGCCCGCUUGGCCGCCGUCGGGCCACGUCCAAGAGCUGCCACCUGCAGCCAGGCCGCCAACCAUGCCAGCCGCGCCGGUCCUGCGCCCGCCGCCGCCGCCCGCGACCCCCGCCCCGCCGGCACCCAGUCGCCCUGCGCCUCCCAUUCCGGGCCACCGAGGCCCAUGUGACCAUUCUCUGAAAUGCUUAAGCUCCAAGAUCUCUGAGAGAAAGCUGCCAGGCUCCUGGCUACCUGCGGGACGAGGACCUCUGGAGAAGCCAGUUCUGGGGCCACGUGGUGCCGUCAUGCCGCUGUUCAGCCCUCAGAGCAGCCUCCACUCAGUCCGCACAGAGCACAGCCCACUGAAGCCCAGGGUGGUGACGGUGGUGAAGCUGGGUGGGCAGCCCCUCCGUAAGGCCACCCUGCUCCUCAACCGGCGCUCAGUGCAGACCUUUGAGCAGCUCCUAUCAGACAUCUCUGAAGCCUUGGGCUUCCCACGCUGGAAGAACGACCGUGUGCGGAAGCUGUUCACCCUCAAGGGCAGGGAGGUGAAGAGUGUGUCUGACUUCUUCCGGGAGGGUGAUGCUUUCAUAGCUAUGGGCAAAGAGCCGCUGACAUUGAAGAGUAUCCAGUUGGCCAUGGAGGAGCUGUAUCCUAAGAACCGGGCUCUUGCCCUGGCCCCUCACAGUAGAGUCCCUUCCCCAAGGCUGAGAAGCAGACUUCCCAGCAAGCUUCUGAAAGGAAGUCACCGCUGUGGCGAGGCAGGAAGCUAUAGCUCAGAAAUGGAGAGUAAGGCAGUCUCUAGGCAUCAGGGCAAGACUUCCACAGUGCUGGCCCCGGAAGACAAGGCGAGGGCCCAGAAGUGGGUAAGAGGGAAACAGGAGUCAGAACCUGGUGGCCCGCCUUCACCCGGGGCAGCCACUCAGGAGGAGACUCACGCAAGUGGAGAGAAACAUCUGGGGGUGGAAAUCGAAAAGACCUCCGGGGAGAUCAUCAGAUGUGAGAAGUGUAAGAGAGAAAGAGAGCUGCAGUUGAGCCUGCAGAGGGAGCCUUGCCCGCUGGGAACCAGCGAGCUGGACCUGGGGAGAGCUCAGAAGAGGGAUUCCGAGAAGUUGGUGAGGACCAAGAGCUGCAGGAGGCCUUCUGAGGCAAAAUCUACAGAUGGAGAGGAAGGGUGGAAGGGUGACAGCCAUCGGGGCAGUCCCAGGGACCCCCCUCAGGAACUGAGGAGGCCCAACAGCAACUCAGACAAGAAAGAGAUCAGAGGCUCAGAAGGUCAGGACAGUCAUCCUCAGGGGGCACCCAAGGCCCAGAAGGACCUCGUGGAAGGGCCACCAGCUGUAGAGGAGGGGCCGGCAGACAUGAGGAGAGACGACCGGCACACAUGCAGGAGCAAGCAUGCGGCCUGGCUCCGGAGAGAGCAGCAGGCCGAACCCCCACAGCUCCCCAGAACCCGAGGAGAGGAGAAGCAAGCAGAGCACGAGAAGAAGCCAGGCGGCUUAGGAGAGAGGAGGGCUCCAGAGAAGGAGUCUAAGAGGAAGCUAGAAGAGAAGAGGCCAGAACGACCCAGUGGCCGGAAGCCGAGGCCCAAGGGUAUCAUCUCAGCCGAUGUGGAGAAGCACUAUGACAUAGGUGGGGUCAUUGGGGAUGGCAACUUUGCCACCGUGAAGGAAUGCAGGCACCGAGAGACCAAGCAGGCUUACGCCAUGAAGAUUAUUGACAAGUCCCAACUGAAGGGUAAAGAGGACAUUGUCGACAGUGAGAUUUUAAUCAUCCAGAGUCUCUCUCAUCCCAACAUAGUGAAACUGCACGAGGUCUACGAGACGGAGGCGGAGAUCUACCUGAUCAUGGAGUAUGUGCAGGGAGGGGAUCUUUUCGAUGCCAUCGUUGAAAAUGUGAAGUUUCCAGAGCCCGAGGCUGCAGUCAUGAUCACAGACUUGUGUAAGGCCCUCGUCCACAUGCACGACAAGAAUAUCGUCCACCGGGACGUGAAGCCGGAAAACCUCCUGGAUGAAGUAGGCUUGUCUGGCCAUCUCACUACUGACUAUGGCUGGGACUGCACACUGGUUCAGCGAAACGAAGACAAGUCUAUCACCUUGAAGCUGGCUGAUUUUGGCUUGGCCAAAUAUGUGGUGAGGCCUAUAUUUACUGUGUGUGGGACGCCAACAUAUGUAGCUCCUGAAAUUCUUUCUGAGAAAGGUUACGGCCUGGAGGUGGACAUGUGGGCAGCCGGUGUGAUCCUGUACAUCCUCUUGUGUGGCUUCCCCCCUUUCCGAAGUCCCGAGAGGGACCAAGAUGAGCUCUUCAACAUCAUCCAAGUGGGCCAGUUUGAGUUCCUCUCUCCUUACUGGGACAACAUUUCUGAUGCUGCCAAAGAUCUGGUGAGAAAUUUGCUGGAGGUGGACCCUAAGAAGCGGUACACGGCCGAACAGGUCCUACAGCAUCCCUGGAUUGAGAUGGUUGGGCAUCCCAACACAGGGAACUCACAGAAGGAGGAGUCACCCAACAGUUAGGAUCACUUCCAGAGCCAGCACAAGAAGGUUGCAGAGCAGAUGCCAUAAUCCUGCCUGGGACAUCUGUCCAGCCUGGUCUCCUUGAGGACAGAGAAGAGAGGGGAUGUCUAGUCUACAAGCAAGGCUGUGCAAGACCCUUCUCCACAGAGUUAGGGAAGGAGAAGAGCCACCUGGCAUAUUUUAAAGAGUGUUUGAAAGUAAUGUUCUAAUGUUGAAUGAUGUAUGAUAUUUUUAGAUUUGUAUAUCUGAAGUCUUUAAUACCUUUUGGGUAAGAAUUGCUAUGAAUGAGGAAUUUUGAUAAUAAUGACAGAUUCUGUUUUCUCCUUGUAUUCACAUCCAUGGUAGGCUACAGGAGUGUGCUUCACAUCGCUCAAGCUCCCCCACACAAUGAAUGAGGUGAUUUCUGGCUUUUUUUUUAUCUCAAUAAAACACAAUGAAUAACAGAGAAAGAUCUGCCUUGUUCAAUGGUGGGGAGAGCUGAGGAAGUAGUUCAACCCAGCUGUGUUUUAACCUUUGACAAAGAGACCAAUACAUAUGGUUCUAUGAACUGAAAUUCCUUGGAAAAAAAACCCAACAUUUUUUUUUUAAAUAAUCUGCAGGUUGACUGAUUAGAACUUCAUGAUUAUGGAGAAUUGGAAUGUAAAGAUUGAGAGUCAAAAAUUACCUUGGGUUAUCUUCCAUCCCCUUAAUAGCCAUGUAUCACCAAACUGUAUGUCCAACCUAACAGAUAAAACUGUUGGAACGUAUUAACUCAGCUGAGCACUAGCUUCUACUAACCCAAAGCUAAGAUGUGAUAGCGCCCAAAGCCUGCAGAAGAGACAUCUCCGCUUUGCUGUAAGCUGCCUGCCUGACUACACCACCAGUAUAUUUGGUAAAUUCAUUGAUCUGAGACUUUGUUUUAUCUGACGAUAAUAAGAAUAAUAAAA